GGCUUUGGGUCUGUUGUUUUUACUCAGGCAGUCUUUGGACGCACUGGGGAGGGGGGGGGUCCAUCAUUGAUGACGUCUCUGGUGAUUUGGAAGAUGUUGCAGCCGAAACUUGAUAAACACUGCGUUGUUUUUUUAAAUCAGUUUUAACAUAUGUUUACAAAUGCGUAGCUCGUAUUAUAAGCCUAAAAAUGGCACAAACUGCACAUAUACCAAAUUAAAAGCUUCAGGUCAGAUUAAAGCAGCCUCUGCAGGCCCAGCCAUGCCUCAGAAACUCCAGAAGAGCGCCCAGACAGCACACUACAUCGAGCUGGGAGGUUAUCAGUACUGGCCUGUGCUGGUGCCCCGAGGUAUCAGGCUGUACACCUACGAACAGAUCCCAGUGUUUCUAAGAGAGAACCCUUACAUCACAGAUGGAUACAGAGCCUACCUGCCCUCCAGACUGUGCAUCAAAAGCCUCUUCAUUAUGUCCAAUGAGACGGUGAAUAUCUGGAGCCACCUGUUGGGCUUCCUGCUCUUCUUCUGUCUCGGGGUGUACAACAUGGCCUCAGUGCUGCCGGCCUUCGGUGCCUCCAGAGAGGAUUACGUCAUCUACUCCAUUGGGCUCUUCUGCUUCCAGGUGUGUAUGCUGUGUUCGGUGGGUUACCACCUGUUCUGCUGUCAUCGCUCAGAGAAGACCAGCCGCCGCUGGAUGGCGCUGGAUUAUGCCGGUGUCUCCAUCGGCAUCCUGGGCUGCUAUGUCCCCGGAGUCUUCUACACGUUCUACUGUAAUAAUUACUGGCGGCAGGUGUACCUGGUGACGGUCCUGGCCAUGAUCCUGGCCGUCUUUUUCGCUCAGAUCCACCCCCAUUACCUCAGCAAGCAGUGGAAGCAGCUGCGCUCGCUCAUCUUCUGCUCGGUGGCCGGGUACGGCCUCGUCCCCACCGUCCACUGGAUCUGCAUCACAGGAGGCUUCUCCUCCGAACUCGUCCAGGCUUUUGUUCCUCGUGUCCUGGGGAUGUACUUCAUCGCAGCAUUAGCUCUCAUUUUCUACGUUUCUAAAGUUCCUGAACGCUACUUCCCAGGUCAGCUGAACUACCUGGGCUCCAGUCACCAGGUGUGGCACAUGCUGCUGGUGCUGAUGUUUUACUGGUGGCACCAGUCGUCAGGCUUCAUCAUGGCGUACAGGCACAGCCAGCCCUGCCCCGACGCCCCCCAGCACGCCUAGGAUGCUGCCAAGCACCCUGGGAGUCCCGACGCUUUGAAACGGUUGGUGAGUGGCUGCGGCGUAUCAGUUCAAUCCAUCCCAGUGUUUCCACAGAUGGACACGUUCUUACCUGUGAGUCUCUGUGAGAAGGGGGGGGGGGCUGCGAACAGGAAGCAGACCUGCGACCUCCAGGAUGUGAAGAGCGACAUGUGUCGAGUUCAUAUUUUUCAAGAUAAAACGGGACCUGUGAGUGAUUGUAACAAGUCACAGCGGCUAAAACAGUUUGUUUCCAGGUUGUCGCCGAUAAAACACUGAAACUCUGCAGUCAAAGUACAGAAUCCGGACGCUGUUGCGCUGCGUUCAAAUUUACGUCGGUUUAAAACCAGUUAAGGCUCAACAACUGUGCUUUUUCUGCAUUUGUCUGCUUUUCACAGACAAAGGUACAAAAAGCGAGAUUCAGGGUUGGCAGGUUUAGUCAAGUAGCAUUUUCUUGUUUUGUUUUGUUUAUAGGAGAUCCCACAUAUUUCUGUAAGUGCCUGUAAAUAAAAACAUCAUGUAGCUCUUGAUAAAUUAAAUUAACUCCCAGAAUGCCCAGGUCCCGAUUGUAUAACAUUUUUUUUUUUUAAACUGAUUUUUAAAGGUUUGUAAACCAGUGCUUCUUAAUCUGAGAAGUGUUUCCCCCAAGAAAUCAGUUUUGAAUUCAGUUCCAUUAUAAUUUUAAAACAGCGUUUUCUUUGAUAAUUAGGCUUAACAGCCUUUAAGCUUCCUUCAGUAAUGAAUCACACAAAAUGUCCUUAAAGGGGAAAAUGAAAUGUUUUAGCAGUUACACUAAAAGAAUGGGUGGAUGUGAGUGAGCAGAUCAGUUUUUAGGUUGUUGUGAGCUUAAAUGGUUGAGAUAUGUUGAGUUUAACUCGACCCAAAUCAUUUCUACUGGAUUUGUUUUAUUCCCGAACUAUUAAAAUCUGUUUGUAGCAGCCUCAUAGUGAAACCGUGAGGUACUUUCUUAAUGAGAACAAGCAAAAACUGAUCAGUGUCUUUCACUUUCAUUAUUAAGACAGAAAAACCAAAGACUCAGAAAAGCUCAACAUUUUGUCUUCAUCGGUUUCCUACAUUUAGGUUUUUUUCAUUUUGUCCUGAAGUGCGAACAGUGUUGAUGUCUCUGUUUUCUUCCCGCUGAGUGAGACAAACAACAGAUUGUUUUAGUCCCAGGACGCUGAAAUGUCGUACUUUGAAUACAGGUACUACAAAGACUCGUGAUCUGGAGAAAUGCGAGUAACUGACGCUUCAGAAUUGAAUGUUUUUUCUAUGUUCUUUUGUGUUGGGCCACGUCGCCUCUAUGUUCACUAGCGGAAUCUUUUCUGUCUGAGAACAUUUUAAGUACAGUUCGAUUAAUAGAAAAAAAGAAGAACUGUACUGAAUCCACAGUCACCUGACAGAUAAAACUGCUGUUCCGUUGGAAAUUCUCGCCCUCACAUCUCCAGCCCUGACCAGCCACAGUAGAGUCGAGUGGACAGUUUUUCUUUUUUUGGGUGUCAAGGAUCAGCUCAGCUAAUGUAAACUAAUACACAUGUCUACACUACUCAGCAGUUUGUACAAAGAGUGUGUUAAUUCCUUGUACACUAAAAGACACACAUACGCAACCAGAAAGCAGAGAAAUUAUAUUCUACAGACGCCACAUUGUGCAGACAUUUCAGGGUUUUUUUUUUUGGUGUAUUAGUUCUGAAGCUGGGAGGAAACCGACCUCGUAGGUCUAUUUGUACUUUGAUUGUAUGAAAUGAUACGAGGUGUGCGAUGUCGGGAAACGAAAAAACCUGGGAAACAAACUUCUGCCAAUUUCAAAUUUCAAUUGUUUUGAGCAUUUAUUGUGUUUCCUUUCAAGGAUUUUCCACAUCCUGUUUCGUCUCGUGAUGUACCGUCACCAUGAACAACCGUCAACUUCUUUUUUUUUUUUUUUUUUAACAACAGAAAGAGCCGCUCCAUUUCGAGAGUUUCCCUCAUCACUGUGCUCAAAAAUCAAUCGAUGUAUUCUGCAUGUGGGCAUUUUGAAGUCUACGAACUGUCAAGUUAAAAUUAGUUUGAAAUCGGGACAGUUUUGUUUUUAAAGAUUCAAGCACUGAUUUCACAUUUUAAAAACCUAUAUCUGUACGCGUUGCAGUUUGUAUUGCAACUGCACUUUUUCUCUGUACUGUGCAGCCGUUAUCUACUGUAGAUUCAUAUGACUUCACUCUGUGUUAAAAUAGUUACGACAUUAGACUUUGUUUUUGAAAAGUGCUUUUUCUGCCUGAACCGAUGAGAAUCUUCCGCUCAAGGUCAACUCAAAAAGUGUUUUCAGUCAUAAUAACAAGUACGUUUUCUCCAGCUUAUUUAGGGUGAUGUGCAAUGUUAAAGGUCAACUUAUUUUGUGUGUGUGUGUGUGUGUGUGUGUGUGUGUGUGUGUGAAAUGGUUUCAUUCUGCAAUGCAAGGCAUCCAUGUUGGGGAAAAAAGCCAACGUAGCUAAACUGCUCGAAAAUUUUUGUAAAGAGUCUUAAUGCUUAAAACAUGAAUGCAUAUCACAUUAGCAUUACUAUUUGUCGUCAUUUAAUAACCAUUGGUGUCCGGUUGGAUGUUUGCCGUCUCCUUUUGGAAUGAAAGUCCUGUGUUUUCUGUGCGAUAUUUAAUGUUUUUAAGGUUUAGACCGAGACAAAUGUUCUCUGGGGUUCAUUAUGAAUCCGCUCUGUGCUGUCUGUAAAGAUUUCUCUAAAUAAUUGUCUUUGAUAAGCUCUUGUGUGUCUGAGACUCACUUUGUAGCAGCGAAAAUUUUGUAUCUUGACUUUUCAUACCUGAGCCAUCAAAACGUCUGAAUUUGACUCUAAAUAAAAUGAACCGUGU